AUGAAUACAGGUGAUGACGAAGCUUGGAGUAGUGGAGAGUCAGAGCCUGAAGAAGAUGUUAUUACAGACAGAAGUAUUGCUUGUGAUGUUGAUUUACUUGAUUACAAACGUGAUGAGAAUAUACUAGAUGUACACUAUGAUCCUUAUUUUUACCCAUCUAUAAAAACUUUUACUGGUGAAGCACAACAAAAUCCCGAACCGGAUCGAAUACAUAUGAAGCCGUGGACUCCUAUUACUGAAGACGAAUUAUGGAUAAUGAUUGCUUUAUCAAUAAACAUGGGACAUGUUGUAAAAAGGCACCUAAAGAAUUAUUGGAGCCAAGAUCCACUGCUGUACACUCCAAUAUAUGGCGGAAGUUUAUCUCAAAAUAGAUAUGUUCAAAUUUUACGAUACCUUCACUUUUCUAAUAAUAAAGAAGUUUCCAAUCAUCCUUUGAAAAAAAUCAAACCAGUGAUAGAUCAUUUGAAAGAAAAGUUUAGUAAUACUAUUAUUGCUAGUGAAAAACUUUGCAUUCACGAAAGUUUAGUCUUAUGGAAAGGGAAGCUAAAAUUCACACAAUUCUUACCAUUGAAGAGACACCGAUUUGGUAUGAAGAUAUUUGAAUAA